CCGAAACGAACGCGGCGCUUUAGAACACAACUCGAAUCUGAACUGAAUCUGAUUCAAAUUCUCUGGAUAUUCAGAUCGUACUCUUUCCGCGUUGCAUUCCUUAGUUUGCUUUAUUUGGAUUAGAGCAUGGGGUAGAUGCAGUUGUGUAUCUUGUGAGGAAAUAGCGCGGGGAAAGCUUGUCGGGUUUUUUUUGUUGUUGUUUGUUUUUGACCGGAUUCCAAUAUGAGCAAUAUUAUUGUGGGAAUGAUGGAUAUAUAUCUGCGGACAUCCUGAAAGCACUCGGUGUGAGUCAGCUGCGGGACUCCACAGCACACACUGCCAUGGUUACGCACACGCAAUUUGAACACACUGCUCCACGGGCUUUGGGGUGCCAUUAUUUUGAAUCCUCUCACCCCGCUAUGAAGAAGUAAAGCGCUGAGCUGUGCGUUCUGAGAAUCCGAUAUGUUUUGAUCAGGACAACUUUUGAAGGUCGAGCUAUUUGUAUAUUUAUUUAGAAUUUUCCAACUUUCUCGGCGACGAUGACGGAUAAACAUUCUCCUCCUGCACCUUACAUUGGGAUGGAAGUAGUGAUCGCUCUCGCUUCCGUCUUAGGAAAUGUGAUGGUGGUUUGGGCGGUGAAGAUAAACCGCUCGUUGCGGGACACCACUUUUUACUUCGUUGUCAGCUUGGCUUUGGCAGACAUCGCGGUCGGGGCUUUUGUCAUUCCCUUGGCCAUAACAAUUAGCACCGGACUGAAGACGCACUUUUACAGCUGUCUGAUGGUCGCCUGUAUUAUGCUCGUCCUCACUCAGAGCUCCAUCCUGGCUCUCCUCGCCAUCGCCAUUGACCGCUAUCUGAGGGUCAAGAUCCCGCUCAGCUACAAGCGAGUAGUGACACCAAAACGAGCUGGGACAGCGGUGAUAGCGUGCUGGCUGGUGGCCCUGAUUGUGGGCUUAACUCCCAUGUUUGGCUGGAACAACCUGGAGAAACUCAACCAAACCAACAACUCUCAGGGACCCAACCCCACUGUCACCUGCACAUUCGAGAAUGUUAUCAGCAUGGAGUAUAUGGUCUACUUCAACUUUUUUGGCUGGGUGCUGCCCCCACUCGUCCUCAUGCUUGUGAUAUACUUGGAGAUUUUCUACAUGAUUCACAAGCAGCUCAAUAAGAGGCUUAGUAAGGCGGGCAGCCAAGCUGAUCCCAGCCGGUAUUAUGGAAAAGAGCUCAAACUGGCCAAAUCUCUUGCUCUGGUGCUUUUUCUUUUUGCCAUUAGCUGGUUACCGCUGCACAUCCUGAACUGCAUCACUCUGUUUUGCCCAAGUGGUAAAACUGAGAUACUUAUCUAUGUGGCUAUCUUGCUUAGUCAUGGCAACUCGGCCGUCAACCCGGUCGUAUACGCCUUCCGCAUCAAGAAAUUCCGCACUGCUUUCGUCAAGAUCUGGGAGCAGUAUGUCUGCUGUAAGAAAGUGAACCAUUUGGCCAGUAGAGCCACCCGACGAAGGGAGUGUCUGGAGAAGAAGAUGCGACGAAAUAACGACAUUUGACUAAGCUAGAACAUUGAACAUAGCUGGCCAUGUUGAUUAUUUUUGUGAAAUGAUUGUAUUCACAUUUAACAUCCAGGUCUGAGAUCCUGUGAUGUCUUGACUUAUAUUUCCUCUUAUGAGGACAUUCAGAUGAAGCAGCAUUCUGCCUGAAAGUGUGAUGGAAAUAUUCACAUACAUAGUCAGUGGGUCCAUUAAAUAUGACUGCUGCUUGUGUUAGUGGAAAAGCUAUAUGCUGUAUAGUACUGGCACCUGUGGAUCGUGUUUGAUUUCCUGUUUUUAAAUGAGAUUUACAAGCUUUAUAGCAUCAACUUUAAAGUGCUUAUAGCCACCUCAAGCCUUGUUCAGACCAGGCAAUGGCCCUAUAUUUAAUCUUCUUUGAAAUGAACGGCACUGCACCAUUAAUAAUGAAGGGGAAGAAUGUACAUGUAUG